GCGGGGGCGCCGUGGGGGCCGGGUCCGUGUUUACACAGUGGCGGGCAAGCGGACGGGCGCGGACGCGGAACCCGGCGCGGCGGCACGAUGGUCAUGGCGCAUUUCGUUGAGAAUUUUUGGGGGGAAAAAAAUAGUGGCUUUGAUGUCCUCUAUCAUAAUAUGAAACAUGGACAGAUAUCGACAAAAGAACUAGCAGAUUUUGUGAGAGAAAGAGCCACAAUAGAAGAAACAUAUUCCAGGUCAAUGACAAAACUAGCAAAAUCAGCAAGCAAUUAUUCACAACUUGGAACAUUUGCAGCAAUGUGGGAUGUGUUCAAGACAUCUACAGAGAAAUUAGCAAAUUGUCAUCUGGAUCUCGUUAGAAAAUUACAAGAAUUAAUAAAGGAAAUUCAGAAGUAUGGAGAAGAACAAGUAAAAUCUCAUAAAAAGACUAAAGAAGAAGUUGCAGGAACUCUGGAAGCUGUCCAGACUAUUCAGAGCAUAACUCAGGCUCUCCAGAAAUCCAAGGAAAAUUAUAAUGCCAAGUGUGUAGAACAGGAGCGUUUGAAAAAGGAAGGAGCUACGCAAAGAGAAAUUGAAAAGGCAGCUGUUAAAUCUAAGAAAGCUACAGAUACCUACAAACUGUAUGUGGAAAAAUAUGCAUUAGCAAAAGCCGAUUUUGAACAGAAAAUGACAGAAACAGCUCAGAAAUUUCAGGAUAUUGAAGAAACUCAUCUCAUUCACAUGAAGGAAAUUAUAGAAUCCUUGUCAAAUGCUAUAAAGGAAAUUCAUUUGCAGAUUGGUCAGGUCCAUGAAGAAUUUAUAAACAACAUGGCUAACACCACAGUUGAAAGUUUGAUACAAAAAUUUGUUGAGUCAAAAGGAACUGGGAAGGAAAGACCUGGCCUUAUUGAAUUUGAAGAAUGUGACCCUGCUAGUGCAGUUGAAGGUAUAAAACCAAGGAAAAGAAAGACUUUUGCUUUGCCAGGAAUAAUUAAAAAGGAAAAAGAUGCAGAAUCUGUGGAAUGCCCUGAUGCAGAUUCACUUAACAUCCCUGAUGUAGAUGAAGAAGGCUAUAGUAUUAAACCAGAAGCAAAUCAGAAUGAUACCAAAGAGAACCAUUUCUACUCAUCUAGUGACUCUGAUUCUGAAGAUGAAGAACCAAAGAAGUAUCGGAUAGAAAUCAAACCUAUGCAUCCAAAUAAUUCACAUCACACAAUGGCUUCUUUGGAUGAAUUAAAAGUAUCUAUAGGGAACAUAACGCUCUCCCCAGCAAUAUCUAGACACAGCCCAGUGCAGAUGAAUCGGAACUCAUCUAGUGAAGAGUUAACAAAAUCAAAGCUACCUGCUCCAUCCAAUGAGAAAGGGAACAGUGAUUUACUUGCUUGGGACCCGCUGUUUUUACCAUCUCUUGAUUCAUCAUCUUCAGCUUCACUAACUUCAUCAUCGUCAGCCAGGCCUGCAACUCCUCUUUCUGUAGGCACCAUUGUCCCACCUCCAAGGCCUGCUUCCAGACCAAAGCUUACUUCAGGCAAACUCAGUGGGAUUAAUGAAAUACCCAGGCCAUUCAGCCCGCCUGUAACUUCUAACACCAGCCCACCUCCUGCCGCACCUUUAGCCCGGGCAGAAAGUUCUUCCUCUAUCUCAUCAUCUGCUUCAUUAAGUGCGGCCAAUACUCCAACAGUAGGUGUAUCACGAGGUCCCAGCCCUGUCAGCCUUGGAAAUCAGGACACUUUACCUGUGGCAAUCGCCCUUACAGAGUCUGUUAAUGCCUACUUUAAAGGAGCAGAUCCCACCAAGUGUAUUGUAAAGAUCACUGGUGAUGUGACAAUAUCAUUUCCGAGUGGGAUUAUUAAAGUCUUCACUAGCAAUCCAUCUCCAGCUGUGCUGUGCUUCAGGGUGAAAAAUAUCAGCAGACUAGAGCAAAUUCUUCCAAAUGCACAACUUGUGUUCAGUGAUCCAUCACAAUGUGAUUCCAGCACAAAAGAUUUUUGGAUGAAUAUGCAGGCUGUUACUGUCUACCUCAAGAAGCUGUCAGAGCAAAACCCAGCUGCUUCUUAUUAUAAUAUAGAUGUAUUAAAGUAUCAGGUAUCAUCAAAUGGUAUUCAGUCCACUCCUCUGAACCUUGCAACGUACUGGAAAUGUAGUGCUGGCACCACAGAUCUCAGAGUGGAUUACAAGUACAACCCAGAAGCUAUGGUGGCACCAAGUGUGCUUUCCAACAUACAGGUAGUGGUACCAGUGGAUGGAGGAGUCACAAACAUGCAGUCCCUUCCUCCUGCAAUAUGGAAUGCAGAACAAAUGAAAGCUUUUUGGAAAUUAUCUGGUAUUUCAGAAAAAUCAGAAAAUGGAGGUUCUGGGUCCCUCAGAGCAAAAUUUGAUCUUUCAGAAGGACCCAGUAAACCCACAACACUUGCAGUGCAAUUUCUCAGCGAGGGAAGCACCCUCUCAGGAGUAGAUAUUGAACUUGUAGGCACGGGCUAUAGGCUUUCUUUAGUAAAGAAGCGAUUUGCCACUGGACGGUAUCUGGCCGAUUGUUGAUGGACCUGGGAAAGUGGUUGGCUCCAGGAAGUAGUACAAACCUGCCAUUCUGUGUUAUCCAUUCUUUGCAAACACUGUUCUAAGUUGUAUUAUGUCCUUUAAACUUAGACAUAUUUGAGAGCUGACUACAAACAUUACAUUGCACUUUUAAAGUGAGUCAUUGAAAGAAGUAGCACUGAGAUGAUUUUCAAUGCUGUAAGUGAUCAACUGCAAUAUUCAGGAAGCACAUUUUUUUUUAAGAAUCUCAGUAAAAUGAAGUUUUAAUAGUGAAAUUUAAAAUUAUCUUCAGUGUCUAUGUUGAAAAAUGGGGGUUAUGGUGAAAACAUCAGGUCAAAAAUUUCAGGAAAGCAAGCACAGAAUAAUUUAGCUUUCUAUAAAUUUUUAUAGUCAGAGGUAGCUUGGAAAUUUCUUAAGUUUGAUAUUAAAUGGAUACAAACAGAACAUGAAUUCUAAGUUUUGGAUAACGUUAACUCAGAAUACUCAAUCAAAUUGAGUUAUGUGCCAUAAAAUCAGACUAGAGUCCCUAGUUGUAUGCAAAAAAUUUAUGAUUUGAUUUUCAUAUGAACAUAUUAAUAAAGUGUAAAUGGUGUUUUAUAUUUUUUUAAUCUUCAAGUGCAAUGUGUUUUAAAAUAAGCUUGCAAAAGACAGCAGAGAUAUUUACUUCUGCAGUUAGUUAACUUUAUAGAAGUUGUGAUUGUUCUGAUGAAUUAAUGCUGUAGAUUUAAUUUAUUUUUAUAUGGAUUGCAUAAUGUGUGCCUUUUAAAACAAUAACAAAAACCAGAAAUGUGCCUAUCCAGUUUGUGUUCGUUAAUGUGUCUCACUUGUUUUCUCACAGUCUGAAUUUUCUAUUCAGAAUCUUAUGGUGGUCAAGCAGUUUUACAAAAUAUUUGCAAUUUUAGUAAAUACCUUUGACUGCAGUUGGGAAGGGAAUUCAGAGUAACUAAAAGAUAAUUUAUACUUAAGAUUUCUGACUCAUUUUCCUUAGUGAUACACUGUAGCCACUAGAAAGAAAAUUAUACCUAAUGAAUUGCAUAUAUUUAUAGGGAAAAAAAUUUAACUUCAAAUAUUUGAUCUUAACUUCAUCAAAAGUAUGUGAAUUUUUAAACCUGAACUCUGAAACACUAUAAUGGUAAAUUGAGAAUUGGUAGUUUUACUCUCAAUUUACCAUUUCCAUAAUUAUUCUGUUUAUCAUUGAAAAUUUACACAUUCAGUCACUGAUUGUAUUGUGAACAUGAGUUUUGUAAUAUUUUGUGAAGAAUAGCGUUUUAGAUAAGAUUAAUUUUGGCAACAGAGGGAGAGGGGCUGCCAUUUGGCUUGUUUUCAACAGUUGGAAACAAUUGGAAAAGUUAUCAAUUUGUACAUUAUUUAAUUGCCACCUGUUAAAAAUACAGAACUUAUUUGAAGUGAUGUUUGGGGGUAAGCUUUUCUUAAAGUACUAAUAUUAAAUAGUAAAAAAUCUAAUUUUAUAACAAAUCCUGAUUAAUUGCAGAGAUGAAAUAUUUUGGACAAAUUUUCAUAAUUUACAAAUGGGAAUUUUAUUUAUAAUGAUAAAUGCCAAUGUCCAUUUUGCAUAGUAGAAGUGAAAAGUUGUGUUAUAUAUGAUAAUUUAUAUAAAACCACUAAUUGUUCUGUUAAACUUAUAGAAAACCCCUUUUACUAUACAUUUACGUAAAAUCUUGCUAUACUAAAUACAGCAGAAAAUCUACUCUUCAGCAAUGUAUAACACAAUAUGUACUUUUUUUAUAUAUAUUCAGUAUUAUCCCAGUUCUAAAUUUAGAUUUGACUGAAGCAACACAUAAAACAAUUUGCUAACAUGUUAAUCUUUACUAAGUAGGGAGCAAAACUAGAAUUUCUAACUCGUAUAUUGUGCUUUUUUAAAAUUCAAUUACUGUCCUUUACUGGAAUCGUAACUGUAAUCUGCUUUGCAAUCCAACUGCUUUUAUUGGGCAGUAGAUAUUUUAUUAUUGGAAUCCAGAUGUUAUUAUACUCACCAUGUUUGUUUUUAAUCAAGUAUUACCUGCAAAUGUACAAAUUAGUGAAAUGGUUAAACUUCUGCACUUUCUUAAUUACCACAGUCUUCAUGCCAAGUGUUGGUACAUAAAUUUCUGUUGGGUGCAAGUUACAAUUUUGAAGCCAUAUAAGUUUAUAUUGAUUUUUUUUUUUUUUCCAUUUAAAGAAGUCCACUAAUGGUGUAAAACAGACCAGUAGAUUUUCAAUGGGAAAUGUAUUUAGCAAGCUGGUUCUUGCUUAUGUAUAGUGAUAAACUUUGUAGCUUUUCUUUAACCAAGAAUUUGUAAACACAGAACUCUAACAAAUGUGAGUUUUUAAGGGUUGUUAUUUACUACUUUGGGUUGUAAUUAGAACAAUGCAAAUCUAUCUUACAAAAUUUUGUAAAUAUUUUUGAUUUUUUUCAUAAAAUGUAAAUUUUACAUAAAAGUUGUACCCUUAAUAAACAUGUAAUAUAUAAUUUAUUAAUUGGUUUUGCAUCUUUUUAUUCCUAUUGAAAGUAAUAGCCAUGUUGUAAAUGUUAGGGCAACGUAAGCCAGCCAAGAGAUGAAUUAGUAGUUUGAAUUUUGUACCAUCAUUUGAACAGGCAUACAAAUUAAACUAUGCAAUUUCAUUUUAAUUGAUUGUGUAGAAAAACUUCAUUUGGAGAAUAUCCAAAAAUAUAGAAAUUCUUUAAAAAAAAUUGUGUGUGUUUUGACGUAUAUUUAAAUUGUUGUUAAGCUUUAGUCAAGACCAUCCUCCUGACCAGUGGCUCAGGAACACACACAGUCUUAGACAAUUUUAAAUUCAUAUUGUUCCAAAGAAAUAAUUAAGAACAAGAUCCUCCCAAAACAGUGGAUUUAGAAAGGAAAUGAAAACAGAAAGAAUUCAUCUUAGGUAUAGGAAGUUUUGCAAAAUCUGUGUUACCAAAAGGUGCACAUCAGUGAAUCCUAGGUCAGGGCUAGGGAACCUGUGGAAAGAGCAGGUCGUCUCUUACCAUUCAUACCAUAUGCCCAUCAAUUUUAUCUUCAUUCUGUUUUUUUCUUCCCCUCAUUUCUACUUCUAUUAGGGUAAAUUGUGCUAGCUGCUGUAAUAAACAACUCCAAGAUCUCAGGGACUAAAUACUACGUUGUUUGCAUCACAGUCCUGUGCAGGUUUGAGGGGGAGCUUUGCUCCAUAUGGCAAUUCAGGGCUCCAGGCUACUUCCAUUUCCUGAUCCUGCUCAGAAGUUUCUCCAUUUGGCUGUCAGAGAGGAAAAAGAGCAAAGAUUACAUGGGACUUUUUUAUGGGCCAGGCCCAGAAUUGGCAUCAUCACUUCUGCCCACAUUCCAUUAAUCAGAACUUGAUUUUGUGGCUCCAGCUAACUGCAGGGGAAGCUAGGAAAUGUAGUUUGGUUGUGUGUUUAGGAGGAAAAAGAAACGGGGUUUGAUAAGCACCAAGUAGUUCUCUGCCAGGACUCCCUGGGUGGUGCAUGUGGCUAAUGCACUUGGCUACUAAAUGAAAGGUUGGUGGUUCAAACCCAACAAGAGGUACACAUGCCUUGGAAGAAAGGCCUAGCAUUCUGCUUUCAGAAGGUCACAGCUAUGGUGUGCAGUCUACUAUGGGAUACAUGGGGUAGUAGCCAUGAGUUAGAAUCCGCUCUGUGGUGGCUGCUUUGGUGUUAAUGGCAAAUGAUGUUGAGCAUCU